CUAACCGUUAUGGCGGCCAACAAAGGAUCAGGAUGCCGCGAUGAUAAUCAGCGUGCUGUAAAACUCCGAGUGACUUUUAUAGACUGAAACAAACGUCUACACUAUAAAAACAAACACACCUCUCCAUUUCAGACGGAGCCGGCGGGUUUCUGCUGGGUUUCACAGCGCCGCCAUAAUCAGAGACGGCUCUGUGUACGUCAGUUGCUAGGCAACGGCAGGAGACGCUUUCUCUCCAAACCUUGAAUUUUUCUAGUGGUGGCGAAAAGCUUUUCUCGAAGCGAUGUCUACUGAAAAACAGGCAGCUGGAAGAAAAGUUGACGGUCUUCCGGUGAACCAAGUAGCAACAAACGCAUCGGAUGAUUUGAAAACGUCUUCCGGGAUGGGAUCUCUGGUGAAAGUCGCGUGGAGGCUGCUGGAUCAGUUUUCAUCUGACCCCCGCUGCGUGGACGAGUUCGUAGAGGAUGUUUCCACGGAUUUACAGGCGAGCUUUGAUCCUCUGGAGAGGAAAUUCAUCCUCGAAAUUGUUUCUGGAUGUGUUGAGUAUAAAAAGCCGCUUGAUAUUGUCAUCAAUACUUUCUAUGGCCAGCAUAGAAAGUGGUUGUCCAAAAGUGACCGCAACCAGUUCAUCAUUAUCUGCUACCUCUGCAUGUUUAGUCUUGAUCAACUUGGACUUGAACAUUUUAGCACCAUAGUUAAAUCUCUGGGCCGUCUGAAGAUGCAAUUCUUUCUUGACUUUUUCCUGUCAAACAUCACCACAUGGGUUCAAGAAGAAUGGAACACAUUCUAUAACCCUGAAUUCGUGGAGAAGCACUGGAUCAUCCCUCUGCUCAGGUGGCGCCCUGAGAUCAAUCAGCUCAUGGAUCAGCUUUCAAAAAAGAAAAGGAGAGCUAAAGCUAAACGCACCGAGUUUCAGGAUUUCGGUCUUUCCAAAAUUAAACUGGAAACCCCACCCAAAGGGGAUCUGAGGCGUCGGCCAGAGAAGUUCAAACCAGUCCCAAGCAGUACUUAUACGACUCCAAUAGUACAUCAGAAAAUACAGGAGUGUAAAGAGAAGAACCAGAAAAGGGCCGAGAAACUUCUGCAGGUGGUCCAAUUCAGGUGUGAGGAUCCAGAGACAUCAGAACAAACAGAGGCUGUGAUUUCCCCGACUGAGGCAGAAGGCAGCGUCAAAAUGAAGCCAGAGUAUUUUUAUGCAAAACAAAUUCCUCGCAGUAGUACGGUGGAGAUCCACCCAGUCAGGCUUAAUAAUGCAGCUAUUUAUAGAAGAGAGGCUUUGCAUGACCGUCUGGUGAAAGAGGAGCUACGCAAAAUAGAUGCACUGGUGCAGGGAGCGACGGACAUGUCGCCUGUCCUGCAGCGGAUAAAGGAGCUGGAGGAGCAGGAGCGCCAGGAGAAGCGGCAGGCAGAAGAACGGACCCGUCUGCAGACUCAGAUCAUUGAAAAGGAGAUAGCUCUGACUCGCAGACGGAUUGCUGAGCAAAAACAUGAAGCUGUUCUGUGCAACAGAGAAGAGACUGCUCGCCUCAUGGAAAAAUAUGCAGAAAAGAGGCUGAAGGAAGAAAAGAAAAUAAGAGACUUGGUGCAACAAGUGAUGGAGGGCAGAAUUAACUCCAAAGCAGCUCAAGAAAGGAGCAAGAAAAUAAAGCAGAGAAUCGUGAAAGAAGUAUCGGAGGCAAAACAGGAGCUGCUUCGCCAAGCCCUCGAGAAAAAAGAGGAGGAGCUCAGAAAAAAGAUUCAACUCAUCCACGAAAUUCAUGUCAUUGAGUCGCUGCCUGUCGUCAAACGAAACAUCUUCGACGAGACGGAGAUUCCAGGCUACAAGCUGAUGGGUGAGAUGUCGCUGGGCGAGCUGAAGGAGAGGCUGGCGCUGCUGAGGGAGAACCAGAAGAAAGAGGAGGAGGAGCGACGCAGCAACAUCCUGGAGGAGAAGCAGAAGAAGAAGCAGCAGAUCCUGGACACGCUGGACAACAUUGACCUCCACAGGAAGCUGCUGACGAAGGAAGCAGCCGACAGGAAAGAGCAACGGCGUGCCCAGCAGGAGCUCCUGCAGCAGUUGGUGGCUGAGGACGACACCAUCGUGGCUCUGAGGAAGAAGCUGGAGGAUAAGAAACAAGAGCUACACAAAGUGAAGGAACUUGAGAGGAUCCGGGCCAAACCCAGCAAAAGGUUCAGCAGGGCAGCGUCUAGUCAGGGACAGUUAAGGGAGUCGACAUGGGAGGAGUUGGAGGAGAGCUUAGCCCGCUAUGUUUAGGGCGCCGAGUGAUUCAACCACUUUGGAGAAAAACACGUAAAAACAUGUGAACGAUACUCCCUGAUAUGACUCAUGUUUCAUCUUAUCAUUAUUUUAAACCAUUCUGAUUCAUUUUCAAUACAUUAAAUCUUAUUAAAAAUGCCCCAGUCUGCCUGAGGUUUGUUCACAGAAUCACUUUUUUAAGACCAUACUUUUGUUUCAGUUCCUCCAACAGCUUCAAGAAGCAAGAAAGGGUGAAAACAGGAAGUGAACCUUUAACCUCUGACUCGUGGGAAUUUUCCAGAACACAUCGUCCACUAAAGUUACUCAGAAAGUCCAGAAUCGUCCCGACUGCUCACUGUUUUUCCACCAACUUAGACGACCAGAUCGGAAUUAUGUGUUGCCAUACAAAGACAGUGAGCUUGAUCUGUAACGGCUUUCCAUACAGUCAAGGUUUAAACUGAGAAACGUUAAACUACUUGAGACACAGCAGAAAGUUAAAACAAGCAAGUAUUAAUAAUAAAACAUGAGAGAAUAAAAGUAAAGUAAAUUAAUCACUUUCAGAGAAUGAGGAACUGUGAAAUAAGGAACUGUGCCGAGGUCACAAGAUGAAACACUAAAAUAUGUUUUUAUGUUUGUUGUUCAUUUUAGGAUAUUAUGUAUUUGCUUUGAUUCAUUCUGAAUGUGACAUAAUGAUGUCAAGAAAAAUAUAUAAAUACUUGAUGAGUAAAAAGAUUUAUGUAAAUA